CUUAUUGGUCGGCUCCGCGGGGCCGCUGUCCUGCGGGGUGCUAGGGCUGGCUGGCCCGGGCAGGCGGCCAUGGCGUCUUACUUUGAGGAGCACGACUGUGAGCCGUCGGACCCCGAGCGGGAGGCCCGAACCAACAUGCUGCUGGAGCUCGCAAGGUCACUUUUUAACAGGAUGGACUUUGAAGACUUGGGGUUAUUAGUAGAUUGGGACCAUCACUUGCCUCCGCCUGCUGCCAAGACUGUGGUAGAGAACCUCCCCAGGAUAGUCAUCAGUGGCUCUCAGGCCGAGCUCAAGUGCCCCGUGUGUCUUUUGGAAUUUGAGGAGGAGGAGACUGUCAUUGAGAUGCCUUGCCAUCACCUUUUCCAUUCCAACUGCAUUCUGCCCUGGCUCAGCAAGACAAAUUCCUGUCCCCUGUGCCGCCAUGAGCUGCCCACUGAUGAUGACACUUACGAGGAGCACAGACGAGAUAAGGCUCGCAAGCAGCAGCAGAAGCACCGACUGGAGGACCUCCAUGGGGCCAUGUACACAUGAGCUGGCUGCGGCUGAGCACUGGCCCUGCUUGUCUUCCUUCUUGCACCUUGAAUUCUCAUUAAAGGUUUCUUGACCUACCCUGCGGCUGCUUUGCUCACGGGCCGGAGGCUCGUCCUCCUCCGCCAGGUCCUUUUCGCUCUUGGGGAAGGUGGCCCUAAGCUGCAGGAGGCACCAGAUUGUGUUUUCCUCCCUGCUGAGCCUGUUGGCCUGUCUAGACUCAGAACAGUGAGGCCCAGGUCGAGGAUCUGGCCACCGGACCAGCCAGCGCUUGGGCCUGUGUGUUCAUGGUUGGAAGGAAAAACGUGUCAGGGUCUGGCCCCCCCAGUCCCAUUUGCUACUUAAAGCAGGCCCUCUACUAAAGAGUCCACGUUCCAGCCAUCCUGAGAGGAAGGUUAUUAGACCAGGACAGUUCUUCAGAUUGUUCAGGGGCCCAGAGGGCCUUCCAGUCCUUCAGGGGGAUUUGGAUAGCUCCUGGAUCCUUUGCUUCUGGCCUCCCUGCUCUUCACAGGCCCUGAGUCCUCAGAACCUUCUGUCUGUUGCCUGGGGAAAGCCAAAGCCAUCCUGGGCUAGGCCCUCUGUGACACUCCAGAACAGACUACAGACAUGCAAAUUAGAAUUCUUUUAAUAGAUAUAAAAAAAGGUACUAAAAUG